AAAGAAAGUAGAGGACGAGAAAAACAAACACACACACACACACACACACACACACACACACACACCGUCCUGCAGUUAAAAGCGAAGUGCGGAAAGACAACACUCUCACAAACACAGUCGCUGAAGAGAAGAGCAGGAUGGAUGACCAGCAGAACUCUGCGCUCCUGGAGAGAGCCCCCAGCUCCGACUCCUUCACUCCCCCCCGCAGCAAUGCCAAUACUAAGGCCCUCAAGGUGGCAGGCCUGACCCUGCUGGCCUGUCUGCUACUGGCUGGCCAGGCCCUCACUGCCUACUUUGUCUUGGGCCAGAGGGACCACAUCACCGCCCUGGAGCAGGGCCAGGAGAACCUGAAGGUGCAGCUGAUGCGCCGUCCCUCAGGUGGUGCCAAGCAGAUGCAUGUGCCCAUGAACAGCCUGCCCCUGAUGACCUCCCUGUCUGACGAUGAUGUCCCAAAGCAGAAAACCCCUCUGACUAAACUGCAGUCCACCAGCUUUCAGCGGGAGGGAAGUGGCAUUUGGGAUGGGCCCAGAAUGCCCUCAAAGAGGAUGUUCCGCCCCAUGGACUCCCUGCCUCUGCUGACUGAUAUCACUGAAGAGAAGGUUGAGGAUCCCAAGGGCACCGAAUCUGCAGCCACCGAGGUGGAGAGUAAGUGCCAGCUGGAUGCUGAGAGGGAGGUCAGGCCUGGUUACUUCCGGCCCCAGUGCGAUGAGGAAGGAAACUACCUGCCCACCCAGUGCUGGCACAGCACUGGCUACUGCUGGUGUGUGGAUAAGAACGGCAACAAGAUUCCUGGCACUCAGAUCCGCGGACGCCCCCACUGUGGAGAUGUCAACGCCGAGUCUGCAUGAAGUCAGAACAGCUGAAGACAAGUGUUUUUCCUUGUUGUUGAAAAAAAAAGAGACUCGCAUAAAUCAAAUAAUCCAGUCCCGCAUGACCCCUCGAUACCAUUAGGGCUAUCUGAGGUGAUUAAAUCUUGAUUCUAACAAAUAAAUUCAGUCAGCAUCUCAUUCUGUUUGUUCUGCGUAGGUGAGACUUUUAAAUACGGAUACAUACUGUUACAUCAUAUAUUUGCAACACACACCUACACAUGCAGUACAUAUAUACGUACCAAUACACCCCACACAGACACACAUAUUCAUAUUACGCUUCUAUCCUAUUUUAUAUUCUAUUCUAUGCAAUAACUGUUGAUUUAUCUAUUUUUUAAAUAUUUUGAAUGUUUCCUUUUUACCUAGUAGGUAGGUUUAGAGAGGGGUUUGAGUGUAGAGACGCACACAUGGAUAAAACUAUGAAUGAAAAGGAUUGUACUGUGAAUAAGAGGCCUUUCAAUAAACUAUACCUUCCUACUGUAAA